AUGCCGAUGAUGGCCAUGGCCACCAAGCUCGCCGCCAAGCCCAAGAACAUAGAUGAAGAUCGCGUCGCUCAAGCCUACAUCCCCGUCAUGCCCGAGCCACCGCUGCCGGAAGCCUCCGUCUCCACGUUCAACUACAUCGAUUCCGACGAUGAGGAUGUGGAUGAGGUCCUGUUGGUGGACUCACCACGACCGCUUCCUCGUCCUGGUCUUAGAGUUCGUUUCGCUGACAGCCCUUUGUGCUCUGCUACUUCAAGCAUUGAUUCAUCCUGGAACACCUUGUGGAGAAAGGUCAGCAAUAUCGGAGGUACAAUCCAAGAUGUCGAAGAUGCCCUUCUCCAACUAGAGAUUGCCGCAGCUAAGGAACCCCCAUUGAAUUAUGUUUCAUGUUGCUCACCUACCCAUGCUGCCGGUGGGGAAUCAAACCCACUUCUACUCUCCCCGACCUCAACAAAUGUUGAGCCCUCAUGUCUUGUUAUACAACUAGAGAAGCAGACAACAGGUUCGUCUGCUCAAAUGCUAAGGUUAGAGACUGUUGAGUUUACCACCCCCACACUGGAGAUCGAUGUGUCGUCUAGUGCGCUAACAAGCCAUCAACUCGAGGAUACACUGGCAAAGGUGACCUUGGAGGGGACGACGGGGUUCAGGUCGAGGAGGUGUCGUUUUCGUCUGGGCUGCGUGUGCACCAGGCGUCCACGCUGCGAGUCCGCACGCCCCCGUCGUGACUUUGGAGCUACUUCUAGUGCCGACCCUUGCAUGUACAUUGUAGGACAGGGACACACUUCGCCACCUUUGCUAGAGGAUGAUGGCCAGACUACACGUGAGGUAGCGCUGGCAAACUUCAUCCAGUCAAUAACCAAGUCUAUCCAACAACCCCUGCUUUCUCCACAACAACAUGGCCUAGUGAAGCCAUGGAAGGAAGAGAAUAGGCCGAGCAAGCCAUCCCGGCGCAGUGCGCGCCUAGCAGCCAUUGCUUGGCCGUGUGGUGACGCGCAGAGCAAAGCAAGGCAAGUGCUCAUAAAGCGGCUGGGCGUCACACAGGAAGAAGGCGAAACCAUGGAGAUGACCUUGCUGCGCUACCUCAACCUCUUCAAAGGUCUGAUGUCCGACUUUGUCAUCAAGGCGCUGGUGGCACUCAGUGGCCUUAAUGGACCAGCCAUGCUGGGGCAGAUUGCCACGUAA